UACGUGCUCUCACACCCCUUGCCCCAAGGAGGGUUUAACGACGCACAGACACAGUUUACUUCACAGGACUCCUGCUCCUUUCUCUCUGCAGACAACUCCCAAAUUCUCCACCAAACAGCAUUUAACACUGUGCUUUGAGGACUAUCUUCUAACACUUUGCAAUAUCAGAGACAGACACCAAGAGUACUUCAGUAGUAGUUCAGGGAACAAGCUCGCUUUGCUUCACGAGGGGGUUACAAGGAUUUUCACAGAAAAACACACCUCCAACAUGUCCCUUCUCACCCACCUGUUGGCGUGUCUGUUUGGGAUGGGCUCCUGGGUCUCCAUCAACGGCCUGUGGGUGGAGCUGCCCCUCAUUGUCCCCCAGAUCCCAGAGGGUUGGUACCUGCCCUCUUACCUCUCCGUCCUCAUCCAGAUGGCCAACGUUGGGCCUCUCUUCGUCACUCUGAUGCAUCGCUUCCGGCCUGGUGCCCUGAAUGAGACGGCUGUCAUAUACGUGAUCAUCGGCCUGGGUACUGUGGCGAGCUUCUUGCUGGGUUUCUUCUGGAAGGAGACUGUUGUUGUAGCCGGUGUUCCUCGCAGUGUGGCCCUUCUCGUCUUAACUUUCUUCCUCUCUGCUGUUGACUGCACUUCCUCCGUCACCUUCCUGCCCUUCAUGAUGCGCCUCAAGCCCCAGUAUCUGACCACCUACUAUAUUGGAGAGGGUGUGAGCGGCCUGCUGCCUGCUCUAGUGGCUUUGAUCCAGGGUGUUGGGGUGGUACACUGCAUUAACAGUACACAGUCACUAAACCACACCCUGAACACCUCCAACAGUGCUUUGACCUUUGACCUCCGGGCUCAGUAUCAGCCAGCCAACUUCUCAGUUGAGGUGUUUUUCUUCUUCCUCAGUGCCAUGAUGCUGGUGUGCCUGGUGGCGUUCCUGCUGCUGAACUACCACCCAUCUGUGGCCAGGGAGCAUCCAAACGGUCGAUACACCAACGGGGUGAAAGACAAAUCUCAGAAAAACAGGAAGUGGGCCGAGCAGAAGCCCAUGAUGGAUCCAUACAGAUCUACAAACCAGAAGCCCAGAAGCAGCUUUGGCACUGGCUCUUACAGCUGGAUGCAGGUGUUUUAUAUCUUUGUGAUCCUGGCUUGGGCGAAUUCUCUGACUAACGUGGUGCUUCCCUCGGUGCAGUCCUACUCAUGCCUGCCAUACGGGAACAACGCCUAUCACUUAUCAGCUACCAUGGCUGCUGUGUCAAACCCUCUCGCCUGCUUCAUCGCCAUGUUCUUCCCUAUAAGAUCUCUGCUGUUGAUGGGAGCUCUCACAGUGAUAGGCAGUGGAGUCGGAGCUUAUAUAAUGGGCAUGGCAGUGCUGAGUCCAUGUCCACUGCUGGUUAAUGAAACUUCAGGUGGUGUCAUCAUUGUGCUGGUCUGGAUCCUCUUUGUUCUCACUCUGUCCUAUGUGAAGGUGAUCAUCGGCGUGAUCCUGCGUGACGAGGGCCACAGCGCUCUUGUGUGGUGUGGAGCUGUAGUGCAGUUGGGUUCUCUGCUAGGAGCUGUGAGCAUGUUUCCAGUGGUCAGUGUGUACAGCUACUUUUCAUCAGGGGACCCAUGCAACACAAAAUGUCCCUAAAUGAAGACGCCACGCAGAAGAGACUGGAGGCAGAUAUAGAAAAGGCUCGACAGGUUUCACAUCUUUGUUGAACCAAGAUGUUCAAUGGAGGAAGCCUAUUAACCUCUUAAGACCCACCCUUUCUUUGGUAUUUUGGCCAAAUGGAAAACCCACCGUUUUAAGAGGUUAAUUGUUAUUUUUUGUUGGGAUUUAUUUACUUUGCAACAUCUGAAUCUGAAUCUGUCAUUUGAGAGCUCCCACUUGUUACAAUUAAAGUUAACCACAAAGAUAUAGGUGCAUAAAUACAACAGGCGAGCUCAUUAUAAUGUAGCCUUACUGACCAUGCUUCUUCAGACAGGGUGAAAACUUUUCAGAUGCUGAAGUGGUGAAUUUAUGUUGUGUGAUGAAUGGUUGAUAGAUACAGUUCGGAUUUCAAGAGGAUUACAUUUUGGGUCAUAUAAAUCUACCCUGACAACAGCAUGUGUGGUGGUACUAUAUAGCCAGAGUGGCAAUUAUUAGGGAUAAAACAACUAAUUGCCUACUCUUUGCCUUUAUGUUAUAUCUUUUUUUAGAUCAUCAUCACCACUGAACUGACAAAUAAGCAUGGUGAAAAUUUGUGUAACUCCAAAAACUUAGAAGCAUAUUUGCGGUUUCAAACUUUAAGUUUACUUUACUUUAACAUCAACACUUAUUUGUGAGUCUUUCUUAUUUGUCAAGUCUUAGGUUCAACCUGUUUAUUUUUCUUAAAAUGUGAUGUACCUUUCUAUUUAUAUGUGACUGGACUAAAAGUUCAUUGUAUUGAGAGUAACAAUAUCUAGUACAGUUUGUAGAAAAAUGUAUUUACAUAAGUUGUGUUGAAACAAAUGAUUUGUAAUAUAAUAAUUCUGCAAUCACAUUAUUAUUUUUUUAAAUUUACAUGUGCUUUAACCAUAUUGUUUAUUGUAUGAUUUGAAAUUACACUAUAAAGAUCCCAACUAAAGGAACA